GAAAACUCUUCGCGCGCCAAAACAAUCCCAACGUCACCUCGUCAGGAGCCCGACUUCAGCCAUCGAAAAAGGGCCACCACGGCGCAGUUAUCAUCUUCAUUUGGGCACAUACCGACCCGCCAUACCUCGAUUUAUGACUUGAUCGCUUUUUUUCGCGGAUUUUCCGCUGGCUUUUCGCCGACCUCUUCCCCCCCGCCACCAUGUCCUCCCGCAAGGUCCGGGUCAAGAAGCUCAGCGUCAAGACUGUCCUUCCCGUCCUCCGCGAGGACCAGAUCGACCCUUCAGAGUACGAGGCACUCACCACCGACAACCUAAUUGCAACCGGUGUCGAGCAAGCCGAGGAAAAUGAAUACCACUUGCAGACCAUCCUCAAGGAUGCCGGCACAAGCAAUGACCAGGAAAUCCCGGUCCCGCCUCCUCAGGAGAGUGACAUCGACUACGAUGCCCUCUAUCCCAGCUCAUUCCACCAGCCAUCCUCCUACAUACGGUUCUCGCAGACCGUAGAAGAGUGCAUCAGCUGCCAGUAUGACAUGUCGGUCGAGGAUGACGACUUCCUCAAGUCGUACAAUGGUAAAUCCCCUCAGGGGGGAGCCCUCUCCGAAGAUGACUUUGAGCACAUCAUGGAAGUGUUCGAGGAUACCGCCACGGAGCAGACGCCGUUUGCCUCGGUCGACAAUACUGUUGUCGCCUAUGAUAUGAUGGUGCCGGGGCUGAACCACCUCGGUUCGCCCACCAUUCUGCUGCAUGCCAAGGCCAUCUAUGAGUACUGGAAAACGAGGCGGCAGGAGCUUGGGAACAAGCCCCUGCACGCGUCGCUCAAGUUCGAGAUGCACCAGGAGACUGACGAUACCGACCCGUACGUCUGCUUCCGGAGACGCGAGGCCAGACAGACGAGGAAGACGCGCGCUCGUGACAACAAGAUCGCCGAGACCCUCAAGCGCCUCCGGCGAGAGCUCGAGGAUGGUCGUCAACUGGUACUCCUUUCGUAUGAACGCGAGAUGCAGAAGCGGGAGCUGCUCCACAUGGACAGGGCUCUGUUCGAGGAGCGGGCCAGGCUGAAGUACAUGAAGGUGAAGUUGAACAUCAGGGACCCCGAUGAUGACCUUGUCAACCAAAAGCCGCAGAAACGCAAGGCUGCCGAACCGGCUGCUGCGCAGCGGCCGCAAGGCACCCAGCUGCGUGCCCCUGUCCGUCAAGACGGACGCUCACUCGAGCAGGAACUCGUUCUGCUUUCAGAUCUGUUGACCCAGAAAGAGCGCGAGCUCCGAGAGGAGAUUGAGAGCAAGGUGGCAAACCACCGCAGGUGGAACCAGAACCAUAUUGAUCUCACUCGAGAACCCCUUCCGCCGGUCAAGAAACAAGGGCCAGAGCUCAAGUUUCGACCUGCUAAGACGCAGUACCUGAUGACACCUCCGGCAUCCAUCUCGUCGGAGUCGAUGGAAGUAGACGAGGACGCACCUGAGCCCAUGGCUGUUGAGAAGCGUGAACUGCCGGUAUUCCAAUUCAAAGCUGGGUCCAUGACGGCGGAGCAGUCGCAGACCAAUCAGCCGGCAUUCCGACGCCGCAUUGGGCGUCUGCAGAGGCUCUGGAUCGAUCGGCGGGGCAUGACGACGCCACCGAGAGAGACGAGCAAGUAUUCGGACCGCUGGAAGUAUGACUCGGACGAUGACGAGGUCGACCCCCCGGUAUACGAGAUUGAUCCGUUUGAUACUCGCGCCCUCAAGUUCCGAGCAACCAUUCCCUUGGGCCAGUACAUGUAUCGCUCAGGACGUCCUUCGAUGCCGCCCGAAGCGGCGGCGGGUGGACCGACGGGCAACCGAGCGUUGCCACCGUCACAGGCCGCAAUAACCGCGGCGGCUGCGGCGCAAGCGCAAGCGCAGGCCCAGACGGCGUCAUAGGGGACGGGUCCCUGAUGGUCCGGCGUGGCGCUGCGCGCUUUGUAUGAUUUUUGCCGAUGACUGUACAUAGCGUUGUUUUUUGUGCCUGGCGCCUGGGAUGAUGAAGGCGGCGGUAUGAUUUUCUGAUGUCGAAGUGUAACAAUAACGAAGGCGCCGGGAUGGACAGGCGCGGGCAUUGCGCGGAGUUGGGGGGUUGGACAGGACGUUUGGAGGCUUAGACGAGACGGCCCUCAGCAGGCAGAAUCGAAAAAAAAAGGUAAACCGAGA